UUAGAUUUUAAUCAAAAAUGGCUUUUUGGAAAAAUUACAAAAAAAUGUUAGAUUUUAUUCGUCAUUAAAUAUUAGAGACAAAGAAUUAACGCAACCAGAAAAUGAUCGUUUUUUCAAGUAUUCAGAUCUUUCAGUUAAUUUAGCUGAACCUCAUAUGUUACAACAAAAGCCAAAUGUCCAUGAUUUAGUAUUUGGUAAAUUUUUUACUGAUCAUAUGUUUAAAGUUUAUUAUCAUGAAUCACUUGGUGGAUGGCAACAACCAGUUAUAACACCACUUGAAAAUUUAGUUUUUCAUCCAGCAGCAAAAGUGCUUCACUAUGCAGUUGAGGCAUUUGAAGGAAUGAAAGCAUAUCGUGGUGUUGAUGGUAAAAUACGUUUAUUCAGACCAGAAUUAAAUAUGGAAAGAAUGAACAUGUCAGCACGUAGAAUGGGACUACCAACAUUUAAUUCAAAUGAAUUAAUUAAAUGUUUUAGUAGAUUAAUUAGUAUUGAUCAAGAAUGGGUACCACAUUCGGAAUCAUCAAGUCUAUACAUAAGACCAACAAUAAUAGGAAUUGAUCCAACACUUGGUGUUGCAACUUCAAAUUCAGCAAUGUUAUUUGUUAUACUUUGUCCAGUUGGUUCAUAUUUUCAUGGUUCAAAUGCACAAAAAGGAAUUUCAUUAUUAGCUGAUCCACGUUAUACUAGAGCAUGGCCUGGUGGUUGUGGUAAUAGUAAAGUUGGAAGCAAUUAUGCACCAACAAUUCACGUACAAAAUACAGCUGUUGAAAUGGGCUUACAACAAGUUUUAUGGUUGUACGGUGAUGAUCAUCAAGUUACUGAAGUUGGAACAAUGAAUGUUUUUAUGUUUUUCAUUAAUGAAAAUGGCGAUAAAGAGCUAGUAACACCAUCAUUGAAUGGAUUAAUAUUACCAGGAAUAACAAGAAAUUCAAUUUUAUCAUUAGCAAAUGAAAUGAAUCAAUUUAAAGUAACUGAAAGAACAAUAACAAUGAGUGAAAUAUGUCAACUAUUAAGUGAAAACAGAUUACUUGAAAUGUUUGGUGCUGGUACAGCUUGUGUUAUUAGUCCAAUAUCAAAUAUUGAUUAUCUGGGACAAAUGCUUCAUAUACCAACAACUGAACAAUCGAAACCAGUACAUCAAUUAUUUUUAAAAACAUUAUUAAAUAUACAGUAUGGUUAUAUACCCGAUCAUCCAUGGACAUGGGAAAUUGACUGAAUAAUAAUUAUUUUGUUUUUUCAAUGGCUGUUUUUUU